CUGCGGUGCAGGUUGUAUUCUAUGUCAUGGAACAGACCUCAUCAGGUCAUGAUGUUGACACGAUGCUCCGGUUACUCAUGCAGUGCUCAGUGCUUUCCAGUUCCUGAAAGCCUCUUCGAGGAAGCUACUGUGCAACCUUAUGUUCACAACUGCUUUGUCACCGUGCAUGAAGGGAGACACACCUAUCAAUUCUGCAUAUUCUUCAAGCGGCAUCUUCAUCUCAGAGCCAAC